AGGAGGGCGCGAGCUCUAGAGACAUUGUCAUGUAAAGAGGGACCACCGCCUCGCUAUUGUCUCGCGGACUGCCAAGUUUAUUAUAAACGCUGCUCGAGCUGCACCGGGCGGAGCGGACCAGAGCAGAGCGCGAGACAGAGACAGAUAGAAAUAGACACAGGGAGCACGAGCACAAGAAGACUGUGGAUGUGCACUUGUAGCGAGAAAACAACCGAGAGAGCGAUCGGAGAACGUCAUCACCGACACGCACUGGAAAGAGUGGAGUUCAUUUCAUAGAUCCUAGCUGCACGUGCUGCUGUUUGGUACCUGGUGCCCUUAGUACCCGUGCCGUAACAAGCAGACCACCGACUCUACCGGAAAGCCUCGCUUCGCGCAUUCCGUCUCCACAUGUACAAAAUGGAUUACUCGUACCUGAACACGUAUGACUCGUGCAUGGCGGCUAUGGAAGCAUCAGCGUACGCGGACUUCAGCUCGUGCAGUCAGGCAAACACGUUCCAGUACAACCCGAUCCGCACGAGCUUCGGCGCAAACCCGGGCUGCGCGACACUAGGUGCAGCCAGCUGCAGCCUCGGCGCGCUGCGCGAACACCAGCCGGCACCGUACACCGCGGUUCCUUAUAAAUUCUUCUCGGACCCUUCCGGUCUAAAUGAAAAACGGAAACAACGACGUAUCCGCACCACCUUCACGAGCUCUCAGCUAAAGGAGCUCGAGCGCGUGUUUGCUGAAACGCAUUACCCUGACAUCUACACCCGUGAGGAGCUCGCGCUCAAGAUCGACCUAACAGAGGCCAGAGUUCAGGUGUGGUUCCAGAACAGACGCGCAAAAUUCCGCAAGCAGGAGCGCGCAGCCAACGCAAAGGGCGGCGGAAACACCGGAAACACCAGUGUUACAUCCAAGAAACCGGGUGAAGCACGCGCAUCAUCCGAGGAUGACGAGUCUAAAGAGUCCACGUGCAGCCCAACACCAGACAGCACGGCGUCUCUACCGAGCUCAGCCAACACCACGGGCAGUCCGGGCGCGAGCAGCCUGAGUCCCAGUCCGUCAUCCGGCGGCUAUGGCAACACCUCCAGCUCGCCGUCUAUGCACCACGCGCUCAAAUCUCCAGCGUGGCCCGGUGUCGGUUCAGCUGCUCCAGCUUCCGCUCCAGACCUGUUGAAGAGCUGGCAGCCCGGAGACAGCGCGAGCACCGGACCAUUUGCCGGCGUGCUCUCAUCCUUCCACAGAAAACCGGGCGCGCUCAAGACCAACCUGUUUUAAACAAUCUCUCUCUCUCUCUCUCUCUCUCUCUCUCUCUCUCUCUCUCUCUCUCUCUCUCUCUCUCUCG